AGCUGAUAAUUUUUGUUGUGUAUUUUUUUGUGUUUUGCUAACCGAGUUUCUCAGAAUAUUUUUAAUUACAGUUACGUGUAAUAUCUUUUGUAUCACAAAUAAAUAAUGCUUUUAUCAUUGCGGCAGCGGUUGUUAUGUCCUUUGUUUUAUAAAAUACAACCAUCAACCAGAUCCCUAACACAAAAUGUAAAUGUACAAAGUAAUACACCCAACAAUGUCGAUCUUCAAGAAGUGGAUACGUUGGCUAAGCUGGCGUCCGAUUGGUGGGAUCCAACUGGACCUUUAAAAGGGCUACAUUCUAUGAAUGCUCUUCGUGUGCCACUCAUUCGGGAUGGAUUGAUUUCGACUGGAUUAAUUCCGAAGGAGCAGGUCUCUACACCAAAUGUUUUGUCUGGAAUUAAUAUUUUGGAAGUAGGUUGUGGAGGUGGAAUACUUACCGAAGCAUUAGCACGUAUAAGGGCAAACGCGGUUGGAAUAGAUCCAGGAGAAAAACUAAUUAACGUGGCAAAAGAACAUGCUCAGUUGCUAGACCAGCACAUUAUCGAUAAAAUUCAGUAUUAUGUGCAAACUGUGGAGGACCACUCCCAAAAUAAUGAGGGAAAGUAUGAUGCGGUUGUUGUUUCUGAAGUUCUGGAGCAUGUGAAUAAUAAGGCAUCGUUUCUCGAGCACUGCCUAUUGGCUCUAAAACCGGGUGGCUCGAUCUUUAUUACUACACUCAACAAAACAACUGCCUCCUGGUUGGGAGGGAUUGUAGCAGCGGAAUAUGUGUUGGACCUUGUUCCAAAAAACACUCAUGACUGGGACAAAUUUAUUUCGCCUUUGGAUUUACAACGGAUUUUGAAAACAUUCAACUGUAGCACCGUUCUAGUUCAUGGGAUGGGAUACAAGUUCUGGCAGAAUAGUUGGUGUUGGACUGCUAACACUGAAAUAAAUUAUGCCCUACAAGCAGUUAAAAUAAUAGAAGAUUCUUAA